GCCCAGCCUGAGGGGAUGGCUUCAAAUGGAGCAUACCCAGUGCUGGGACCGGGCAUGACCGUGAACCCUGGCGCCUCCCUGUCUGUGUUCACGGCUCUGCCCUUUACCACACCUGCUCCCAGCCCAGCACACGGGCCACCCCUCGUGACUGCAGCGGUUCCUCCCGGCGGCCCUCUGGUGCUGUCUGCCUUCCCCAGCACACCUCUGGUGGCAGGACAGGAUGGUCAUGGCCCGAGUGGGGCCGGGGCUUCUAAUGUCUUUGUCCAGAUGAGGACAGAAGUGGGGCCUGUGAAGCCCCCUCAGGCACAGACCUUGGUCCUAACUCAGAACCCCCUUGUCUGGCAGGCUCCAAGCGCCCUCUGCGGAGGUGUCGUGUGUCCACCUCCCCUACUCCUGGCAGCUGCUCCUGUGGUGCCUGUUAUGGCUGCCCAGCUGGUUGGGGGCACCCAGGCCUGUGAGGGAGGCUGGUCCCAGGGCCAUCCUGUUCCACCACCACCACCACCGGCUGCCCAGAUGCCCCCCAUCGUGUCCCACGCUGGGCCAUGGCCACAGGGGGCUCAUGGAGAGGGCAGCCUGGCUCCCUCCCAGGCCAAGGCCCCACCAGACGACUCCUGUAAUCCCAAGAGUGUCUAUGAGAACUUCCGACUCUGGCAGCGCUACAAGCCCCUGGCCCGGAGGCACCUUCCCCAGAGUCCUGACACCGAAGCGCUUUCCUGCUUCCUCAUACUGGGGCUGACUGCACUGGUUUUGGCCCAGUUCUCCGAUCCUGGCCGGCGGGAAGCCACCAUGACGCUGGAGGAGGACCUUGCCACCAUGCACGAAUGGCAGCACACAAGCAACUUUGACCGGAUGAUCUUCACGAGAUGGCGGAAAGGACCCGCAGUCCCAGCCUCAGGACUCCUGCAUCUGGGCAUCAUCCCUGCCCCUGGGUUAUCUUUCAGGGACCCGCAGUCCCAGCCUCAGGACUCCUGCAUCUGGGCAUCAUCCCUGAUGCCGUCUGCCAUCAACCCCACCCCUGGGCAGCUGAAACCUGGAGGAGGAGUCCCCUGGGACCCUCCUGGACCUCGUGGCCCUGACUGGAGUCAGGAAGCCCCUUUGAUGCCAUGGGCUCUGCAGGGGCCGGGUGAGGGAGGGUUCCUGGAGUUCGAGGCUGAGGAGGAGAUGCAGAUUCAGAAAGCGCAAUGGAUGAAGGAGCCCCAGAGCCUGCCUCCUCCAGCCCCGCCGAGGCUUGAACCUCAAGGACCCCCAGCCCCUGAGGUGGCCAAGCAGCCAGUGUAUCUUCCCAGCAAGGCCGGCUCCAAGGCCCCGACUGCCUCCCUGCCACCACCCAGGCCCCAGAGGCCAGCAGAGACCAAGGCCCGCCUGCCACCACCCAGGCCCCACCGGCGAGCAGAGACCAAGGCCCGCCUGCCACCACCCAGGCCCCAGAGGCCAGCAGAGACCAAGAUCCCUGAGGAGAUCCCCCCAGAAGUGGUGCAGGAGUAUGUGGACAUCAUGGAGGAGCUGCUGGGGCCUCCCCUCGGGGCCACAGGGCAGCCCGAAAAACAACGGGAAGAGGGCGAAGUGGAGCAGCCACAGGAAGAGGAUUGGACACCCCCAGACCCGGGCCUCCUGAGCUACAUUGACAAGCUGUGUUCCCAGAAAGACUUUGUCACCAAGGUGGAGGCCGUCAUUCAUCCCCGAUUCCUGGAAGAAUUGCUUUCCCCAGAUCCACAGAUGGAUUUCUUGGCCCUAAGCCAGGAGCUGGAGCAGGAGGAAGGACUCACCCUUGCCCAGUUGGUGGAGAAGCGCCUCCUACCUUUGAAGGAGAAACAGCGUGCAAGGGCAGCCCCUAGUCAUGGCGUGGCCCGGUUGGACUCAAGUCCUUCUAAGUUUGCAGCUGGUCAAGGAACAGAGAGAGACAUCCCUGACCCCCAACAAGGGGUUGGCAUGGAAACCUGCCCACCCCAGACGGCUGCCCGGGACCCUCAGGGACGAGGCAGAGCACGCACUGGCAUGGCCAGGUCCAAAGACCCUGCGGUGCCUUUGGGAUGUCAGGAUUCCUCCGGGCUGAGGGCUGCUCGGUCAACCUCUCCUCCCCAGGACCACAGACCCACCUGCCCUGGCCUGGGAACCAAGGACGCCUUGGAUCUCCCUGGAGGGUCUCCUGUCAGGGAGUCACACGGACUGGUUCAGGGGUCAAGUGAGGAGGAGGAGCUCCCCAGCCUGGCCUUCCUCUUGGGUUCCCAGCACAAGUUGCUGCCCUGGAGGCUACCCCAGAGCCCUGUCCCUGCCUUGGGCCUUCUCAGCCCAGAAAAGUGGGGACCCCAGGGAGUUCUUCAGUCCCCAUCUGCUCGAAGAAGAGGCCUCAGCCUAGCACCCUCUCUUGCUACCAAGUCCAAGAAGCGACCUCUCUUCGAAAGCCCAUCCCCUGUGGAAAAGACACCCCACCCAGGGCCUGGGCUCAGGGUCUCUGGGGAGCAAUCCCUGGCUGGGGGGCUCGGUGGCCCCUCACAGUCUCAAAAGAGAAAGGGUGACCUCUUGGUCUCCAGGAAGAAGAAGAAGCGGCAUUGUAGCCAGUAG